AUGAGCCAGAAUCACGCUCUAGUAUACGGUGGCAGCGGCAUCACCGGCUGGGCCAUCACCAACGCCAUCUUGAACGGCUACCCUACCCCGGGCAGCUUCGCGUCCGUCACGGCCCUCACCAACCGACCGCUCGACACCGAGGCCGCCCUUUGGCCCAAGUCCGACAAGCUUCAUGUCGCCACCGGCAUCGACAUCUUGACCCCCAAGGGGCAAGAGGGUCUCGAGGCUGACCUUAAGGAGAAGGUCAAGAACAUUAACCAAAUCAGCCAUGUCUACUUCUUCGCGUACAUCAUGGACACCGACCCGGUAAAGGAGUGCCAGAUCAACAAGGAGCUCAUCAGGCGCGCCGUCGCCGCCGUCGAGAACCUGUCGCCCAACCUCAAGUUCGUGGUCCUCCCGACCGGCACCAAAGCCUACGGCGUGCACCUGCUCGACGACUUCCCCUUCAAGAAUGACCUGCCGCUGCGCGAGUCGCUGCCGCGCAUCCCCGAGCCCUACGCCAGCCAGAUGUUCUACUACGACCAGACCGACAUGCUCACGGAGAUGGCCAAGGGCAAGGCCUGGACCUGGUGCGAGGUCAUCCCGGACAACAUCAUCGGCUUCGUGCCCAACAACAACAUUUAUUGCUUGGCCCAGACGGUCGGCACCUACCUGGCGCUCUACCGCGACAUCAACGGCGAAGGGGCCGAGGUCGCCUUCCCCGGCACGGAGAAGUCGUGGCGCAACAGCAGCAACGAGAGCAACCAGGACGUCGUGGCCAAGGUGUGCAUCUGGGCGUCGCUGCAACUGGAGACGUCGGCCGAGCAGCGCUACAACGCGGCCGACAGCGCCACCCCGUCGUCGUGGAGCGCCAAGUGGCCCGUCAUCUGCGAGUACUUCGGCCUCAAGGGCACGCCCCCGCCGCCCGGCGGCUCAGGGCCCCAGCCGGCCCAGUACCUGGCCGAUCACUACGAGGAGUGGAAGGCACUCGAGAAGAAGCACGGUCUGGUCACCGGUCGGGUGGGGAACAACCGCAACUUCGGGCCUUUCGCGCACUUCAUCAUGGCUAUGCUGGAUUUCGAUCGCAACAUGGACAUGUCCAAGUGUCAUGCCAUGUGGGGUGAGGGAAAGGAGGAGGUUGACACCAAGCAGUCAUGGUGGACUACGCUUGACAGGUUCAGGAAGGCCAAGAUUAUCCCGUAG